UUUUUAAUAAUAGUGAAAUACUGCAAAUUGUGAAAAAAAAAGUGAGGAUGAGAAGGAAAAAUAAGAAAAUAACAUGAAGUGCACCCAACGGUGCCUGCCAUCUUGUGGCUAAAAUCGGAAACUUAAACUUGACAUUUACACUUCACGCCAAAGCAGGUGCUGACACCUAGAGUACACGCCCGCUCCCUCGCGCGUUGUAGGUUCUGCCAUCUUGUGGCCUAAAUCGGAAAUUUAAAACUUGACAUUUACGCUUUGGGACAAUAAACAAUGGGCUCUUCUGCUGCCCCCUACAAUUCAUGCACGCGCCCUAUAGCAAGUUACAACAAUUUGACCCUAAUUUAAAUCGAGUGCAACGAUCAAGAAUGCACCGCAACUGAAUGCGUAAAUGCAACCGUCAUAAAACCCAUCGGGCCAACCGCGACGAAUUCAGUCGGGACUAACUCACGGAGCGAACAUGGCAGUCGUAUUGAAUUUCUUAUUAGCCGUAAACCUACUUCGAAUUUCAUGGGCAUGCCCCCAGCACACAAGGCGGCCUUCCCGCUCAGAGCCCUUCGGCAGCUUGGUAGACACGUUCAGGUCUGGCGAGAUCAAAGACAUGAUGGCGCCCGUCAUCACACUUGCUAUCAUUAAAGCCAAGCUGAAAGAGACGGGUAUAUUCGACCAUGACAAUGUUACAUUAACCGAAAGGGAGCAAAAAGAACUUAAGAAGCUUUUUGAAACAAUUGAGAUUAUGAACACUUCCCGCGCGCGUCAACCGUCAAGCGUGCAAAGUGUAUUCAGCUCUCUACGGAUGGUCGAGCGCGUGGUCAACAAGCAGACAAGAGACGGCCAGGUCUCCAGGAGCCUGGCAGACAAGUUCCAUUGGGAAAAAUUAUAAACUCAGGAUGAAGCAAUCCUAAAAUAGAGACCAACUCUCAUCCGGAUGCGACGCGAGCAGCCAAUUUACCGUCUAGACAAGGACGGCAGUAUGAGAAUAUUCAAUCUAAACUCAUAAGUUCUCCCAACUUAUACUCCGUAGAUAAUAUAGAUAAUGUAGGUAGGAUACCGUAAAAAAAAUAGCAUAUAAUAAUAAAUUUAUUGUUUUCUACA